AUGGCGAUCAACAACGGCUUGAUCCCAACUACCACCACCUCUGCGUUUUUGCGAGCGAAGCGGAAAGCCCUUACCAUCACACACUAUACUCCUUCUCAUUGGCGUCAACGUCAAAAAUUAUUCAGCCUCGCUCGCCGUGAUAUUCAGAUACCUAUGGAACCUGCGAAUUCCGCCGUCCAUCCCUGCAAUGCGGUCCCCUCGCAGGAUCUGGAACCCUCACGCGUCUCUGACGAAGCAGACGACGGCCCUCGCGAGUACCCCGACGUGGGCCUUCCCGUGUGUCCCGACCCGUAUAUCCUACGAACGCGCAUAAACCGAAAUGCGAUGUUUGGUGUCGAGAAGACUACCGCGCGAAGUGGAGUCAUCAUUAGCCGAGGACUCUUUCCCGAUCAUGCAUUUCCGAUUGCUCCCUCCGAGUUCAUUUACGGCCUCGACAACUUCGCGUACAGCCUCGAUGACCUUCGAUGGCUCCUCGAUUACCCAUCUCUUGACCUCGCAUCUGGAGACAGGGAGCGCAAGAUGGCGGCUUUUCUGAAUCGCCUAGUACAAAUCUGCUGGAUCGCGCACGAGGACCUCGGCGAACCCGUUCCAGACACCCCUCGCCAGUGGAUCACAACGCAGACCUCUCGGCUCACACCAGAAGGAGAGGUCGAACACUUCCCUGGAAUUGCUCUCGUCGAGGCGGGCGUUGAGCCGCAGUGGCGUGAUGUCCUAUGCGACGUUCAGAUGGCUCCGACGGAGGAUGAGCUGCCGGACGCAUUGUAUCGACUGUCCUGCGGGGCCUACAAUAUGUUCGCUUCCCAGGAGGAUCGCCUAUUCUCCGUCGGCCUUGCCAUCGCUGGAGACACCUUCCAGCUGGUUUACCAUGAUCGGGCCGGCCGAGUCCUGUCGGAUACAUUCGGAACACAUAUCGAUCCCAUUUUCUUCCUUCGUACCAUUCUGGGCGUGUCCCUCCUCGACAAAUCCUUCGGAGGCAAAGACACGAGCAUCGUCACCUGUGACGGACGACGCUUCGUGUCCGUGGGCGGGCUGGAGUACGAAAUACUCGAGACGCUCUCGCUGAGCCAGGAUCUUCACGGGAGUGGUACCAUCUGCUGGCGGUGUCGUCGCGAUGAUAGUAGCGAGAACUUCGUCGUCAAGAGCGUCUGGGCGGAUAUGGAACGCAAGCACUCGGAAGGCGACUUACUCAAGCUCGCUAGCGCGGUAGAUGGAGUACCGGAGCUGGUCUGCGAGACAGCUGUCUCUCGAAGUGACGGUACCCCAUGCACGACAAGGUGGUGCGAAGUCCUCCAUCCGUCGAAUCGCUGGGCCCGGAGGUAUCUUCCCCAGCUUGCGCUGCGUCGCCUAGUUCUGAGGCCUUAUGCAAAACCGCUGGAGGACUUCGCAUCCAAGGAGGAGUUCCUUGGCGCGUUCCGAGACGCAGUAGCAGCGCAUCAGAAGCUCUACGAGGACUAUAACCUUCUCCACUGCGACAUCAGCGACAACAAUAUUAUGCUUCGCGAGUGCCCUGGCUCGCCCAUGCGUCGCGGCCUCCUUAUUGACUUCGACUGUGCUGCCCAUGUCACGGGUGCCCGUCAUAUGAGGACGGCGUUCACGGGGUAUCGAACAGGCACUCUUCGUUUCAAGGCAUUCGACCUCCUUCUUCAUCAAGGUCGUAUGCAUGGGCUGUGGCAUGACCUCGAAUCGUUCCUGCACGUCCUCAUAAUCGCAUGCGCAAGCUACGUGGGGCCGUCCUGCACGCCCCGACAAGAUGUCGACUUGUGCGCCAUCCCUCUGGAGCCAUGGCUAGUGAGUGACGGCGCUCGCAAGGCGCACAUCAUGCGCAAACUUGGAAACGAGGAGUUCCGCGCUUUUCUGGACAGCGUGGUUCACCCGUACUUCGACGACUUCAAGGUCAUCGUUUGCGAGCUGCGAUCCGUCAUCAUGGGCCCUCGAGAGCAAGUCUUGCACCAUCUGGAUGUGCUGGACGUCCUUGAUCGCCACAUCGAGACUCAACGGCUUGCACGGCAAGGCGACGCGACAUUCACCGCUUCCCAUUCCCCGCAGGCCUUGCUCGAGACGAAUUCGAGCAUCUCGCUCUAUCCUUGCGACAUGGAAAGGCAUUCGCCGGACACUCAAUCCCCAUCCCUCGAUGCUGCAUACGACGACUCAGAGGAUGAAUCGGAUGAUGAAGUCUUGAUAUAUCCCGACGAUCCCCUUCCCGAGUGCUCCGAGCCGUACAACCUACGAACUCGCGUAGACAAGGACGCCAUAGACGGUGUCGAGAAGACGACAGCCACCAUUAAAGGCAUCAUCAGUCGUGGACUCUUCCCCGACGAUGUCUUUCCCGUCGAUCCCUCCGAAUUUACCCAUGUUCUCGACGAUAUCUCAUACAGUGUCAGUGAUUCGCACUGGCUGCUCGAUUACCCACCUCUUGACCUGGAUCCUGGGGAGCGAGCCCGCGCUAUGGCUCACUUCCUCAAUCAGUUCGUCCAACUUGCCUGGCAAGCGCACAACUCACUCCACGAGCCCGUACCGGAUACUCCUCGUCAAUGGAUCGUUACUAAGUCCCCACGUGUCAUGCUCAACGGAGAAAUCGAGCACUGUUAUGGACUCGCGCUCGUUGACGCCGACAUCGAGUCUCAGUGGCGGGACGUCCUCUGCGACGUCCAGAUGGCACCGACGGAAGAUCUUAUGGCGGAGGCUGUGCAUAGGAUCUCCACCGGAUCUGCGAACAUGUUCGCCUCGCAGGAGGAUCGCCUGUUCCAUGUCGGACUCGCGGUGGCGGGGGACAACUUCCAGCUGGUCUAUCAGGACCGUGCGGGACGUGUCCUCUCCGAAGUGCUCGAUAUCCACGCCGACGCCAUCCUCUUCGCUCGCAUUAUUCUAGGCCUGGCGCUUCUCCCUAAGUCCCUCGGCGGAAAGGACGAGAGCAUUGCCUCGCGAGACGGUCGACGCUUCGUGACCGUUGGCGACGUGGAAUACGAGAUUUGCGAGACCCUCUCCGUCAGUCGAAAGUUGUGCGGGAGCGGCACUAUCUGCUGGCGAUGCCGCAGACAGGGCUGUUCCGAGGACUUCGUUAUCAAACAUAUCUGGGCAGACUUGGAGCUCAGUCACUCCGAAGGCGACCUCCUCAAGCGAAUCAGUCAUCUAGAUGGAGUUCCUGAUCUCAUCUGCGAGGAGAAGGUCUUGCGCGGUGACGGUUCACCGUGCACGACGAUGUGGUGCGCGAUGCUUCACCCUAUGAAGCGGUUCGGCAAUCGGGUAGCCGUCCCCCAGCUUGAGCUGCGGCGUCUGGUGCUUCAGCCGUGUGCGCGCCCGCUGGCGGACUUUGCUUCCAAAGAAGAGUUCCUCGUCGCCUUCCGCGAUGCCGUUGAAGUGCAUCAAGUACUCUACUAUAUGCACGACCUCCUCCAUUGCAAUAUCAGCGACAACACCAUUAUGCUCCGAGGGCAGGGCGGCUCGUCUCCGCGUCGGGGACUCCUCAUCGCCUUCGACAGCGCGGUCCUCGUGACGGAUCAAGCCGAGAAGACUGCGUACAUGGGCUAUAGAGCGGGUACCCUUCCGUUCAUGUCAUACGAACUCCUACGGUACAGGCGCGUCAGACACGGUCCAUGGCACGACCUCGAAUCCUUUCUCUACGUCCUCAUCUUCGUCUGCGCAACCUGCGCCGGCCCGCACGGGACGCGACGCAAGGAAUUUGAGCUCUCGAAUUCUCCGUUGGCGCCUUGGCUCGUCGGAAACGGAGAGUACAAGGAGGAGGUCAUUCGCACAUACGAUGACAAUGCCUUCAGCGCGUUCCUGGACAGCGUCUUCGAUCCCUACUUCGAUGACCUGAAAAACCUGGUUUGCGAGCUUCGAAUCGCUAUUAUGCGCAGGAGUAAGACAAAGGAAGUCAUGUCUCCCACGAAGCCUCCCCCUCAUCCUUGCAGUCCUGGCUCGGCAGAUGCCACAGCCUCCCCUAUCUCUGACGAGAUCGCCAGUGGCAAAUUGCGUUAUCCCGAUGCGCGCCUUCCCGAAGCCCCCUACCCCUACCUCCUACGGACUCGCGUCAACAAGGAGGCUCUUUCCGAUGUAGAGCGAACAACUGUUCGAAGCUGCUCCAUUAUCAGCCGUGGUCUCUUCCCCGAUGAUAUCUUUCCCGUCGAGCCCGCCGAGUUGGUCGUAGACCUUGACAAGAUCACCUACGACCUCGAUAAUCAGCGCUGGUUGCUGGACUAUCCGUCCGUGCAGCUGCCUCCAGGAGAUAGGGAGCGCGAGAUGGCGGCGUUCCUCAACCGGUUCGUUCGACUUGCUUGGCAGGCGCAUGUCGAACUCGGAGAGCCCGUCCCGGACACGCCCCGUCAAUGGGUUCCGACGAGAAGUCCGCGUCCCUUUCUCGAUGGGAAGGUUGAUCGCGUCCCCGGAAUUGCGCUCAUCGAUGCCGACGUCGACCCGGAAUGGUCGGACGUCCUAUGCGAUAUCCAGAUGGUGCCGACAGAGGACGAUAUGCCGGAAGCUCUCCAUCGCCUUGCCACCGGAGCUUUCAACCUCUUCGCAUCUCAGGAGGACCGCCUAUACUGCGUGGGCGUCGCCAUUGCCGGGGACAGCUUCCAGCUGGUGUACCACGAUCGGGCAGGCCGCGUGCUGUCGGAUGCGACCAGUAUCAACGAGGAUCCCAUCCUAUUCGCCCGCAUCAUCCUAGGUCUGUCGCUCCUCGACGAGUCUGUCGGGGGGAGGGACACGAGCAUUGUGUACCGGGAUGAUCAGCGCUUCGUAACCGUAGGAGGAGUGGAGUACGAGCUAUUGGAGACGAUCUCCUUCCGCAGGGAAAUCGAAGGAAGUGGGACCACCUGCUGGCGUUGUCGUCGAGAAGAUAGCAGCGAGGACUUCGUCAUCAAGAGCGUUUGGGCCGACAUGGAGCGCGUGCACACCGAAGGCGAUCUCCUCCGGCGGGUCAGCAGCCUGGACGGGAUACCGGAUCUGGUCUGCGAGGAGCCUGUUUCCAGAGGGCCUGGGAAGCUGUGUACGACAAGCUGGUGCGAAGCUCUUCACCCGAUGUAUCGUUUCGCCACCAAGGCGACCGUACCUCAGCUCAUUCUUCGUCGUCUGGUCUUACAACCCUACGCGCGCCCGCUGCAUGAUUUUGCGUCCAAGGAAGAGUUGCUUGGCGCGUUUCAUGAUACCAUCGGGACGCAUCAGAAACUCUACGACGUGUACGAUCUGCUCCAUUGCGACAUCAGCGACAACAACAUCAUGCUUCGCGCGCGCCCGGGAUCGGCUCUACGCCAGGGGCUUCUCAUAGACCUGGACUUUGCCAUCCGCGUCGAACGACUUGGACAAUGGAAGAUGGCUCCCAUGGGCUAUAAGGCUGGUACUCUUCCGUUUAUGGCUUGCGACAUUCUCCGAUACAAGCGCAUCACGCAAGGACCACGGCACGACCUCGAGUCCUUCCUACAUGUUCUCAUGUUCAUCUGCGCGAGCUACGCAGGACCGUCCAACACGCCACGCAGGGAUCUCGAUCUGCAUGAUACUCCGAUGCAGCCCUGGUUGGUAGGAGACGGCGCCGCUAAGGACAAGAUCAUGCGUGUCUACUCGGACGACGAAUUCCGAGCUUUCCUCGAUGCUAUCUUUCAUCCGUACUUCGACGAUCUCAAGGACGUCGUUUGCGAUAUGCGGAAGAUCGUCAUGUGCCGCGACGAAACUCCCCGUCACGAGGAAAUGCUCGACGUCCUCGACCGGCACAUCAAGGCGAGGCGAUUUGUCCUCUCAAACCGUCCCAUCUCGCCCCCAACCUCUCCUCGUACCUCGCCCAUCCCGUCAUCGUCGGAAACCCAGGCAUCACCGAAGCGGAAGCGGCCUUCCGCGGAGAAUCGACCAUCGUCACAGUCAACAUCGCACGGCAGUGCUGGGGGUCCUCUGCCGACGCCUAGCCGAACGCCGAGGUCGACGAACUCAUGCGCCACCGAGGUCUCCGAAAGAACACUGUUUGACUCGAGCUGUGGGGUGACGGAGCAGCUAUCGGGAAAGAUGUUUGAAUGUAGUAGUAGCGCACCUCACUCGCCGAAGCGACAAAAAAUGGUGUAG